UCUUCAUGAUUUCUGAUCCACUAAACUAAUGAAGGUGUGGUUAGACUACAUUCCUAGGUGUACCCCAAGCUAACCUUGAAUUAAAUUAUUGACUUGGACAUGUAAUAGAUGUCAAGUAAAUACAGAGCCGAACGUGACAAGCACCAACCUAACGACCCUAAUAAUUAAGCAUAUGAUAAUGCCUUGUGACAUGUGAGGCUAAUAUCCUCCUUUUCAUUUCCACUUAAAAAUCUGCACAGGGAAUUCGAGUGAUAAGCUUUCUUCCCAACCAUUUUUGACUUGCGCAUAAGACAAUAGAAGGCUAGAAGCCAUGCCAGGAGGUAACAGCUCUCAUCUAAGCACUGCAAAGGCAGAUGCACGAAGCUCAUCCAUUAGCAAUACUUCAUCUCUGAUGUAGUAAUUGUUUCAUCGACGACUUACUCUAGUAAAUAUCCAUUAGCCAUGGACAUCGAGAAUCAUAAAUCCAGGAAAACCUUCAGAAAGUGGUUCAAAAGAAAGCACAAGAAAUAUGACCCCUAUCAACUCAGCCAAGUUUCAGAUGGGGGUGAAGAUGAAAGUGAUGAUUACUUGGAUGAGAUUGUCACGCAGUCCAUGGAGAUGGGUCCAACUACUUCUACUAAUGACUUGAGAAUCUUUGUGGGAACUUGGAAUGUGGCUGGAAGGUCUCCCAUAGGGAGCUUAGCAGUAGAUUUGGAAGAGUGGUUGAAUCUUAAGGAUGCAGCAGAUUUGUAUGUUCUUGGGUUUCAAGAGAUUGUACCUUUGAAGACACGAACUGUAAUAGGAACAGAAGACCCAACUGAAGCAAGAAACUGGAACCAGUUGAUAGGGAAAACUCUCAACAACAGACAUGGCAGCCCUUGGUUCACAUCCAUAUCAAACCCUAUUUUAAGUGAAAACUACCAGUAUGUUGACAAGCCUGACCCUGAAAGCAGAAUAAGCGUUAGCAAUCAUAGUGGGAGCCCCAUUAUAGAGCAAUACGAAAUGCCAAAGGGUGGCACUAAGUACAAGCUAAUGGCAAGCAAGAAGAUGGUGGGAGUGUUCAUUAGUGUGUGGAUAAAAAGUGAAUUGCUCAGAAAGUAUUGCAUUUCAGAUGUUAAAGUUUGUUCAGUGGCAUGUGGUAUUAUGGGCUAUUUGGGAAAUAAAGGUUCAGUUUCAGUCAGCAUGACAAUCGAAGGAACUAGUUUUUGCUUUGUUGUUGCCCAUUUAGCUUCUGGUGAGAAGAAAGGAGAUGAAGGCAGAAGGAAUCACCAAGUCUCAGAGAUUUUUAGGCGAACCACUUUCCCUCGAUCUCCCAGCAUCCCUACAAACAAUCACACUUCCCACCCUCUCACUAUCUUAGGACAUGAUCGAAUAUUCUGGUUUGGGGAUCUCAACUAUAGGCUAUACUUGGAGGACAAUUCAGCCAGGCAGCUGAUAAACAAACUAGACUGGACAGCAUUACAAGAGUUUGAUCAGCUUCGUAGGGAACGGGAAUAUGGUGGGGUAUUUCAGGGAUGGGAAGAGGGAGCUAUAGAAUUUGCACCUACAUACAAGUAUUCUUCAUCAAAUUGCAAUAGAUACUCAGGUGGGCUUCCAAGCAAAUCAGGAGAGAAGCAAAGAACUCCAGCAUGGUGCGACAGAAUUCUAUGGUAUGGAAAAGGGGUGACACAGCUCUCCUAUUUCCGUAGUGAGAGUAAGUUCUCUGACCACAGGCCAGUCUCUGCCCUAUUCUCAACACAAGUAGAGGAGUCAACUAAUCCAAAAAUGGUUUCACUGCAAACGAUUCUUCCGACCAUAAGACUUCCUAAAAAAACUGAGCAGAGAAAGCAUUCUGAAAGGACCCAAUCUACAUUGCUAUCAUUCCUGGAAAAGGAUAUAGAAGAUUCACCAACACAUAGAACAAAAGGUUAGAACAGACCGAUGACAGUGAGUUCAGUCAGCCUUUGGCAUGCUGGGUUGUAUCAGGCAGGCUUUAUUAGUGUCCAAAAUUUUUUCAUUCUUCUUUCACAGACCCAUUUUCUCCUUCUACAUUUGUUUAUUUUUUCUUGGUGGUCUACGAUUGGACAACUUGAGUUAGAUCUAUAACUGCAAGAAGGUAAUAGCUUCUAAAUGUAAUUAAAUGCAUAAUAUUGCCUUCGAUUAGUGCAGUAAGUGAAUAUCUAAUCAUGCAUGUAACUUAUGUUGAAGUUUUAUGGAAGAAAGCUGAAAUACUAAGUAAAAAAGCU